AUGGGGAGGAGAAAAAUUGAGAUGAAAGUGGUGGAGGAUAGCAGCUCUAGGCAGGUGACUUUCUCCAAGCGCAGGACUGGCCUGUUCAAGAAAGCAAACGAACUCGCCACCCUGUGCGGCGCUGAGAUUGCCGUCCUUGUUUUCUCUCCGGGAGGGAAGCCCUUCUCGUUCGGGCACCCGAAUGUGGAGUCUAUCGCAGAUAGGUUUCUAAAUCAGGAGUGCCCUAAAUCAAAAUUUAGGGUUUCAAAGAAUGAUGAAAAAGCAGGGAGGCUUAACCAGCAACUGGAGGACAUGGAAAGCCAGUUGGAGGCUGAGAAGAAAAGGGGAAUUGUGCUUGACAAGGCUGUACUGAAAGCAAUGGGUUUGCCUCUCAAAAGCAAACCGCCGAGCUUUCGUGAGCUUAGCCGGGCAGAUCUUCGAAAAAUGAAGGCGUCGCUGGAGGCGCUGCGCGAGAACGUGAAAGAAAAAGCCAGUGAGGUGGAGGCAUCGUCUUCGCUGCUCCUCCUGGCAAAUGGCAGGAGAGACUGAUGUGACUGUUGCUAAAAGUGACUGAGACCUUAAUUAGGUAAUUUAUAGGGAAUGAAUGUCUUUCUGCGCUUGUGAUGUUGGUGUUUGGUAAUUUUCCUUGUAAUGAGAAUCCUCCCCGAUCUUCUUUCUGAGGAUCUUAGGGAUCUUCAAAUCGUGUUCGUUCAUCGUUCAUCGUACAUCAUGCGGUCAUAAAUCAUUUUAAAUAUUU